AUGAGAUUUGUUUCGAUAUUGUGUCUAUUGGGAGCUGUUCAAGCAGACUAUGCUAGCCAGGUGGUCCAGGAGUACACUCUGAGCACUGCAGCGGUUGCCCCAGCUCAGAGCUCGUUGAGUUCUAGCGACCAGGAUCUGAUCAAGCAAAGUGUGGCCGAUUUGAAGAAAAUCAGCAGCAACUCGACACUGAGCCACUGUGACAAGUGCAAAGAGCGUCUCAGCUACGGCAAGAAGCUGGCCCAGAAGCGGAUCGACCUCGUUCCCAACGUGUUCACCCAGUGGUGCACAGAUACCGGGCUGUACAACUCGGACGACUGCGGCCACCAUUUUGGCAGAAAUACUGUUGAAAGAAAUAAUAUGGGCUCUAAUUUCGCCGAUAUGGUUUCGCUGAUGGACCCGACAACCUACGACGGCGAGUACUACUGCUACUACAUGGAGGACCAGUGUGACUUCGUCGAACCACCAAAGAUCGAUGCCUCGCACCUUUGGAACGGAACCAAACCCUCUAAAUAUAACGUUGCUCCCGAACCGGGUAAUGAGACAUUUUAUGUUCUCCAUGUUUCCGAUUUCCAUAUCGAGAACGACUACGUUGUUGGAGGAGAGGGUAACUGUACCGGGGGCAUGUGUUGCACGCCAACCUCGUGGAACAGAGACGCUAUUCCUAAGGGCUACCACUUUUCUGACGGCGAGCUAUUUGAGAACGGACCAAAGGACGGCUGGGACUUUUACAAUUCCACGUACGACGGCACUUCGUACCAGAAAGGUUCGUACAUCGGGUACAACGAGUCGAACUGGUCGCCGGCGUUCAGCUACGGCCACUACAAGUGCGACGCUCCGGAGCUGCUGAUCAACAGCUCGCUGCGUGCUGCCAUGAAGUACGACAAGAAGCUGAAUCUGGGCGUGGAGUUUGCGAUCUUCACGGGCGACCUGGUGGACCACGACGAGAACAACCAUGUGACGUUUGACUCGGCACUGAAGGCAGAAACCACUGCGUUCAGAGACUCCAAGACAAUGCUUGGCAACAUCCCGAUGUACUCUGUGCUUGGCAACCACGACAGUUUCCCGUACGCGCAGGUUGCACAGAGCAAGUACGGGUUCUCGAACAAGUUCGACUGGAACAACGAGCUGAUGGCCGAGAUGUGGCGCGACUACGGCUGGAUCGACUACGACACGGAGCAAGAGGUCAAGAGCCACUAUACCGGGUUCAGUGUCACCACGAAGCGCGGACUGAAGGUGAUUGCGCUGAACUCCAACACCUGGCACAUGCAGAACCAGUACGCGUUCAUCAACAUGGUGAGCGACUACGACUCGUUUGGCCAGUUCAAGUUUCUUGUGGACGAGCUCUUGGAGUCCGAAAAGAACGGCCAGCGAGUCUGGCUGAUGAUGCACGUUCCUGCCGGCGAGGACAUGCUCCCGACCGCGUCCAACGUGCUUUCGCAGGUGAUUGAGCGGUUCUCCCCGUACACAAUUGCUGGUAUUUUCAAUGGCCACACCCAUAGAGACGAGUUCAAGGUCCUGUACUCCAACUUCAACGGGUCCAACACGGACGCCCAGACGGCCGACAACGCCAUUGCACACACGUGGAUCGCCCCUUCGGUCACCACGUACACCGAGUUGAACCCCUCGUUCCGUUUCCUAGAGGUGGACACCAAAACUCACUCCAUUAUGAACGCAUACACUUACUACCUCAAGCUGAACGAGACGUUCACCAACAACGGGACCGAGCCCGAAUGGCUGCUGGAAUACGACGCACGUAGCGCAUACGACAUCAACUGGCCAAAGUCGUCGCCAUUGAAUGCCACCUACUGGCACGAAGUUGCGCAGCAGGUGAAGACGUCGAAAACAGCUCUGCAAAAGUACGAAAACUACGCGACCCGGUUCUCGCCGUACACAUACGACUGCUCGAGCUCCGACCACUGCGAACAAUUCUACUGCUAUGUUUCGACCUUCUCGAUCGAUCAGUACGUCAACUGCUGCAAACACUAUGGAAUUAGCAGCGGCUUCUAG